GUAUCGGACUUGAUUCGGAUUCGGAUGGCGAUGGCGUCAACCCAAGAGAGUUUGACUACGUCGAAAAUGUCGCUGCGUUCCCUCCGAACUUGCGUCACAUAUGGGAGCCUCGGCUCGGCCCGAAAGCAAAUUUUCACAUUUGGGUGCGAAUAAUGCGGCCGGUGCGUAUAUAAGGGAAGGGUUCUUCACAGCAAAGCACACAGAACUCGCCAGACGUUCAGAGCAAUCAAAUCAACCACCAGCCAGAAAUCAAAGGAUAAUAUUACCCCAGGAUACCAACCAGUUCUAACCAUAAAGCACAAUGGAUCUUAAGCAAUUGUACUCGUGGAUCUGCCUGCUGGUCAGCAUCAUCAUCUGCAAGGUGUCCGAGGCCAAGCCCACCUACUACGACCUGGAUAGCUACGAGGCCUACGACACCGACCGCUACGAUGGCUCCUCGUACGCGCUGACCUAUGGGAAACCCCUGACGGAUAACCGGCUCAAGAAGCUGAAUCCGGGCUACUACUAUGUGGACGAUGGGUACAUCGCACCGGUGGCCGCCAGUGCGGGCUACACCCGCCGCGAGGAUGGAAACUCCGAGAGCGGUGCCCUGCCCCACAACGUCAAGUUCACCCCCAUUGUGCGCGUACGGCAGACCAAGACCAAGCGCAAGAAGCUGUUCGUGCCCAACUUCUUCGGCUAGAGGAGCUCCUUCCGGUCCUCCUGCCGGGACUGAGAGUACAGACUGAGGAUGUUUAGAGUAGGCUUAGCUGUAGUGUUAGUCGCGUGGCUCCCACACCAAAAAGUACCUUAUACCUAUAUUGUUAUCUAUUUUAUACGCUGCCAAAGCGAUGACCAAAUUAUAUUUAUAUACCCAAACCCAAACAAAUAAAAAUACCCAAAUUUAUGAAAGAAA